GUGGUCACUGCAUGGGGGAUGUCAACAGAAGCUCGUGCAGCACCGGCGCGAGACUCGGUUUGAAUGGAAUAACCGUCCGCAGCACAAAGAUGACCAGGAAAUCUAUAAUUCUAAUAUAAUUCAUCAUUACUGUGGUUCGGUGCCUCAAUUAUGGUACGUCUAACACUGGAUCUAAUUGCGAAAAGCAGCCAUCACGUAAAAAAUCGCAAGGAUGAAACAAAUUCUCAAUACUUAAAGAAAAUAACUCACCUGAAUUUUUCCAAUAAAAACAUUGACUACAUUGAUGACUUGUCUGCAUGCAGAAAUCUUACGGUUUUAUAUCUUUAUGAUAAUCAGAUUGAUCAUAUAAGAAAUUUGGGUUUUGCAUCAAAUAUGACACAUUUGUACCUGCAGAAUAACUGUAUUUCCUGCAUAGAAAACCUCAGUGGAUUGAAAAGACUUGAGAAAUUAUAUCUCGGUGGCAAUUACCUCACAGUUAUUGAGGGGUUAGAAGACGUUAAAGAACUGAAAGAACUGCAUGUUGAAAAUCAGCACCUUCCGCCUGGAGAAAAGCUCCUCUUUGAUCCAAGAACUCUUCAUUCAUUAAGUAAAUCUCUUUGUGUUUUGAAUGUCAGUAACAACAAUCUUGAUGAUCUGAAAGAGCUAGAAAUCCUUGAAAAUAUAAUCCAGUUUACAGCUACAGACAAUCAAAUUCAAGAAAUUAAGGACCUGGAAUUUUUGAGCAAAUGGUCAAAGCUUUGGAAAAUGGAUCUUCUUAGAAAUCCAGUUUGCCAGAAACCAAAAUACAGAGAUGAAGUUAUCGUUCUUUCACAGAAUUUGGAAAUACUUGAUGGUAAAGAAAUAUCAGAGAUGGGGAGAUAUUUCUUAACGAAAUGGAAAGCAUCACGAGAUGCCAGGAGUAAAAGCCGCGAGGAAAUCAUGGCAAAACAACCAGUCUAUCCACAAUUAUAUGGGUUUGAACAUCCUUCCUCCCUUGUUCCUCAUGGUGGAUAUCAGUUCUCAAAAACGUUGGAUAAAGAAAAAAUGAAGCAUAUGAUGUCACAAAAUGGUUAUAAGCAAAGUCACCUUCAAAGACCAGAGGAAAAAAGAAACAUUAGUAUUAGUGAUCACAUCCGACAAUUAGCAGUAAAGUAUCCUGAGAGCUCACUGCCUGGACAAGAUGUACUUGAGCCCCACCUGCACGGACGCGUAGUGCCGUAAGAAAGAAGAGAAAUUGGCUCUGCUAUUUUUUGGGGAAUGCAUGCAAUAAGCCCAAGCUACUGGACUUCACACACCAAUUUUACAUGCAAGCUUUCUUUGUUAAUAUAGUUUAUGGAAUAAACAUAUUGGAACAA